GCCAUCUUGCAAGGGAAAGACAGCUGCUGAUAGGAUGAUUCCAAAGGGUGGAAACAAGAGUAACUGUAACACGAAUCAACCUGGACCAAGUGCAACAACAAGUAAAGGGUCUGCAACAAUAAGUAAAGGGACUGCAGCAACUGGUACUAAAGGGCCUGCAGCAACAGCAACACGUAAAGGGACUGCAACAACUGGUACUAAGAGGAAGAAUGACAAUACAACUCCUAAUGUGAUUACACCAAGUGCAACAACUAGACCAAGUGGACCAAGAAAGAGUGCUAAGAUUGCUACUAAUGCUGCUGAUCAAAUUGGGACUCAACAAUCUGUCAACAAGCCUUAG